AUGCACGCAGCAGGCGAGCUAACACGAAUCAUCUGGAACGGUAUCCCACACCUGACAGGUACACUCCUGGAACAACGAGCGCAAGCAAAAGCUUAA